UUUCUCCACGUAGCAGAAAAGUGCUACAAAGUUAUACAUUUCAAAGACUCACUGUUACAAAUCAGAGCUCAGAAUAAGAUCUUGCAACAUUUUCAUUUUAUUGUAUAUUAGAUACGUCGUAUUCCUGCUAUGUCCUCUAGUAAAUCAUCUGACGGCGUGCCGAAAUGGGAAAGCAAGGUUCGCUUCGCACUUUGUGUGGUAGGAUUAUUAUUGUCGGUUUAUGCUCUGCAUGUGAAGUCUUCCCGUGAAAGCGACCCAGAUUACCGAGCUAUGUGCGACCUGGCCGAGUCGGUGAGCUGCUCCAAGGUUUUCACCUCAAGGUGGGGACGUGGAUUUGGAUUUGUUCAGCUGUUUGCCCCAGAGGACAGCCUUCUGAACCAACCAAACAGUAUGCUGGGAAUUAUCUUUUACACGCUGCAGCUAGGCCUAGGCCAAAUGUUGUCCACUUCAUCAGCACAGUUCUUGGUCAUUUCAUCGUGGGUGUCACUAGUUGGCUCAAUCUAUCUAGCAGCUAUUCUAGUGCUGGUGCUGGGUGAUUUCUGCAUGGUGUGUGUGUCAACAUACAUUAUUAACUUUGCUCUCCUUUACAUCAACCUGAAGAGAAGGAAAGGCCUCACAGGGAAACCAAAGAAAAACAAGACAAAAUGAGAUGUAUGUGUGUGUGUGUCUGUCUGUCUGUCUGUCCUUAGUAAGUGAAGCAAGAAACGAGCAGUUAAUUUGGAUUAAUGGUGUCUUAUGAUGUAGUCAAACACUUUUAAGUCUUUUAAAUUAUAAUUGAUCCUCUCUGCUACCAUUGAGUAGAUCCGACUGUUACACAAAAGCGAGUGAGCCGUUUACUUAAAAACCUGUUUGCCUCUUUGAAUAAAGCUUUUUAAAGAUAACCAUUCUUGUAUAUUU